UGCUGCACAAGCACUAUCAGGAAAAACGAUUUUUGCAGCACCAUUAGGCUACAAAUGGAUUCCUCAGAUAACAGUCAUAUUAAAAUUGAUGAACUGGAAGCAGAAUAUGGAAAAUUUCUUGAUGAAUGCGCAAGAACCUAUGACAAUUACGAUGCUCAGGGAUCAUCUAUAAAUAAUGAGAACAUUUCACAUACUGAAAAUAACAUAAAUCAGUGUACUGAUAAUGUUUACCUUCAAGUUUUCGGUGGUUAUACAGUUUCCGGCCAACUAACUGAAUCAUAUGUUUUUGAAUUGACUCUUUGUGACCUGAACAAAGCUACAAAGACUCAAUUUACAUUACCUUCUGAAUUUAGCGAUUAUGUAAGGCGAUACAAUUUUCAUAAGCUGGUUCUGAAUGUACCAAACAAAGAUAUUUCAAUAGUUCACUUGAAAUAUCCGAACAAUCCUUCAGAGAAUGUCAAGAUUGCCAGAGGAUGGAAAAAUUUCUGUUUUGACAACAAUAUUAAAUUGGGAGAUAGAAUAAGUUUUGAAUUCAGACACAUAAGCUUGAAUGUUUGUCAGUUUUCCAUAAUUUAGACUAAGUAUUAUGUUAUUUCCUAAGUUAUUUAUCUUCGAAUAUAAUGUUGUAAUGAAUUUGAUGUUAAGUCUUUAUUUUUUAACUAUUGUCAAAAAAUAUACAUUGUGUCGA